AUGUAUUCGAACAAGAUUGCAACUUUUGAAACUCAAAAUGCUGCCGUCUGGGAGAAAGAUUCAGAGAUAGGUGACAUAGAAGAAGUACCUACUACCUCAGCAAGUGGAGUCCAAAUUACAUCCUUUGCGGUCCAGCGAGGAUUGUCUCGUUUUAGCCCGGCGGCUAGAGGAGAUAAUAUUGGAGGACGUGGCCGUGGACGUGGCACUAACAAUAAUGCUCGUGGACGCGACCGUGUAAUUGAUAGUGGUAGUGGCUCCAAUGGUAGCCACCGCGGCGGCGGAGCUGCUCGAGGUAACUCGAGGGGCAAUGUUGGUCGUGAUGGGCACCAUACCGCUGCCACUGGUCGUCGUAAAGAACAACUGGUCGAGAGAACUUCCCUCGGAGGACGUUCUCGCGAUGGUACUGGCUUAAGCCACAUACCUUCAGUUAAACAUCGUGCCGACCAGGAGUUACCUCGCCGUCCGACUGUCAGGGUACGAGAGCCAGGUCUCAAUUCAAGCACGGGCUGGGCCGAACCAACUCCUCUCUUGACUGACGCUCGAAGAGCACAACUCCAGUAUGAGCGAGAAUCACAAGCGAACACAAAACGUUUCUUGAAGAAACCCCUCGAUGGGGAGGUUUUUUCGGCCAUCGGGUUCUACCAAUGGCCAAUGCAGGAAGAUAGCCCCGAGGAUUUAUUCCGGGAGUAUCUCAAAGAUCUGGACUAUCUCAAGACCAAUUGGAAAGUUUUUAUUGAUUGGAAUGGUCCACGCAAAUGGUUAAGAAUCCGUGCAUCAGAUCAAUCCUGUCAGACUGCAAUCAAUGAAGUUAUCAAGGGCAUCAGGCAAGCGGUGGAGAGUGGCAAGGCACGUGCGAUUAUGGCUACACCUUGUCAUAUCGUGGUUCCCCCGCGGUAUUCGACCGAGUCUACUUUACUGGAAGCACUCGUCAAAGUCAAUGGCCAAAAGUAUGUGCAUGGCCUCAAAUUCUCAAAACAAGCUUCCGACGAAGAGUUGAAAAAGCAGAGUCCCUCGCGCUCCUUGAAAGUGGAAGUGACUGUCGAAAAAUUCCGUGAGGAGUUGAGUAAGAGCCUCAGUGGGCUUAGUCACCUCAAAGACUGGAUGCGGAUGCGAGUACAUUUCGGGGAAUUUCAUCUCACGCACUGGCAGACAGAUUUGACCGACGGGAAGCAAACUUUGGAUGGCUUCAUCAAAAUGAUGAAACGUACAAGAACCAGGGGGACAUUCGAAAAAGGUAUCGAUCCUCUAAUUGUCAAGUACAUGAUGGACAGAGUGAAACUCAAUCCCGACAAUUUUAAGGUUUGGAGCGGAACAGAUUACGUUCUGGCGGACGUGAAGCCAAAACAUGUCGCAAUCUUCAUCGUACAAAACCCAUCAGGUGAAAGGUUUCACAUUGAGGGAGAUGUCGAUAAGACAGAUGGAGGAUACCAGUGUGGAGAGGUCAAAGUGAUUGAAGAAGAACGUCGCAACAAAUGUGUUGAGAUUGUUACCAUCGACAUUGAACAAGUUGACUGGAAUCUCGAAAUUAUCAGCGAGACAGCUGGUACAAUGUUGGAUAGUUCAUUCCAAGACUUGGUUCAAAGUUGCUUACAACCAUUUGUUCGUACGGGCCUAAACACGCAAGGAUUGGAGGAGCGUAAAGACCAGUACGACUUCAUAUAUCCUAGAAUCGCUCCAUAUGACCAACCUGGUUUACGUGUCGAUAAGGUCACUCUCCAGAGCGUUUACAGAUUCAAGACUCGUGCGGGUGGUUACUGUCUUGAAUUUACCAUUAACAGAGAUUGGGAUGGUUUAAGAACUAAACCAGAGCCAAACGUCUCUGCCGGAAUUACAAUGUUUCACGACCAGUGGGAUGUAGAUAUGGAAUCAAAUGAACAUACUAUGGCAGAUCGCAAAUGGGAGAAAGAUAUGAGUAAUUUCUUUCCAGAUGGAGGAUUUAAAGUUUUUAUGGAACAGCUUGAUUACCUCCUCGAUGGUUUUCAUCAGUCGAAGUCAAAAUCAAUCAGCACAGCCUAA